CCUUUUUUUUAGAUUCCACAUGUAAGCAAUAUCAUACGAUAUUUGUCUUUCUGUGUGGCAAUUUUUCUACUUCUCUCUUUGUAGGGGUCGAUCUCCCAUAAUUCCUAGUCAUCCUUCUAUUCCUUCUGCCCUUGCGUCCUCGGGUUCCUCUCGCCUUCCAUUCCUGCAGCUGCUACUCUGUCCAGACAUUAUUUCCUCUUUCCCAGAACAUGAUAACAGUCUCUUAACCUAGUUGAUUUUCCUGCUGUACUUUGUCUCUCUGACCUACUUCUGAAAGUGCAAAUGCUGGAAUAAUCCACUUGAAUGACGUCGCUCCCUUGCUGAAUAAAUCCACGGCUCACCUUCCUAAUGCUAUUACUUGGAGUCCUCAGCACGACCCCGUGACUGGCCGCCUUAGCAGGUUUGGGCAGUGGGGGGCGGGAGGUGGGCAACAUUACUAGGGCCCUGGCACGGGCCAGGCUUGGGUGGGCAGGCCCUUUGCCAGUCUUUAACUCGCCCUCUGGGACAAAGCAGAGCAGCUUGAUGGUCUAGCUCUGUGGUAAACGUUGUGGAGUCCCACUACAUACAGAUUCAGGCUCCAUCACUGACCUUGAUCUCAUUUAAUCCCUCAGCAUUUCCUCUGUGGUAACACGGAUGUCCUUCCUCCCUCCCAGGGUGGCUGUGAGAGGUCAGGGACCAGCCCUUCGAGGUGAUCAGUAGCUGGUCCCCUCCUGAUCUCUCAUCCUUAGGAGACUGCCCUCUACUCCUUCGUUCCUCAGAGAUCUCAAGAACUCCGCCAGCCGGCCCUUGGCUGUAGGAGUCCACCCCAACUCAUGAGCUCCCCAUUCUCUCCCCAGCCCCAUGGUGACCUCUGGUAGACAUUCCCCCUCAGCAGUGUCCCCACUGCCACCUGCCCCACAAAUACAUCCCUCUCAUUUUGGGCUCUUCCAAAUGUUCAGACCAGGGCCCCAAUAUCUUUACACUCAGCGGUUCUCUUCUUUGCCCUUGACAUGGCCCACUCUUUGGAACGCCUGUUAAAUCGGCUCGGAGACAAUGGCUGCUCCCUCCCACCUUUACCCCCUUGGCCUCCCUCUCCAACAGCGGCACCACAACCCCUCAGACCCCAGAGCAUUGCUUUAGUUCAUGCCUUCAUCUCGUCUGAACUGUGGCCAUAGGCUCCUCUCUGCUCUUUCCUCAUCUCCAGCCUCAUCCCCCCCCCACCCACCCCCGCUGCUGUGGUGGCGGCUGCUAUUGUAGCCACCCACAGGGCAGCAUAACAUCUGUGGAGCUCUGUAUUCCAGCCUGGAGCUAAACGCUUCCUGUGCUGUCCCUCAAAAUUCCCCUGGUACCCCUGUGAUGGUAGAUUCCAAGAUACCCAUUUGACAGACUAGCAAACAAAGAUUCAGAGAGGUGAAGUUACUUACACACACAUCCCUUUUUCUUCUCUCCCUCUUUUUCAGCUUCAUCUUGGGUAAAAGAUGUGUGAUCAGACCUUUCUCGUUAACGUAUUUGGCUCCUGUGACAAAUGUUUCAAACAACGGGCUCUGAGACCAGUUUUCAAGAAAUCUCAACAGCUCAGCUACUGUUCACCAUGUGCAGAAAUUAUGGCAACAGACGGGCUGCACGAGAACGAGACGCUGGCGUCGCUCAAGAGCGAGGCCGAGAGCCUCAAGGGCAAACUGGAGGAGGAGCGGGCCAAGCUGCACGACGUGGAGCUGCACCAGGUGGCUGAGCGCGUGGAGGCCCUGGGGCAGUUUGUCAUGAAGACCAGAAGGACCCUCAAAGGCCACGGGAACAAGGUUCUGUGCAUGGACUGGUGCAAGGAUAAGAGGAGGAUCGUGAGCUCUUCGCAGGAUGGGAAGGUGAUCGUGUGGGAUUCCUUCACUACUAACAAGGAGCACGCGGUCACGAUGCCCUGCACGUGGGUGAUGGCAUGCGCGUAUGCCCCAUCGGGAUGUGCCAUUGCAUGCGGUGGCUUGGAUAAUAAGUGUUCUGUGUAUCCACUGACGUUUGACAAAAAUGAAAACAUGGCUGCCAAAAAGAAGUCCGUUGCUAUGCACACCAACUACCUGUCGGCCUGCAGCUUUACCAACUCUGACAUGCAGAUCCUGACAGCGAGUGGCGACGGCACGUGUGCCCUGUGGGACGUGGAGAGCGGGCAGCUGCUGCAGAGCUUCCAUGGGCACGGGGCCGACGUGCUCUGCUUGGACCUGGCUCCCUCAGAAACCGGGAACACCUUCGUGUCCGGGGGGUGUGACAAGAAAGCCAUGGUGUGGGACAUGCGCUCCGGACAGUGCGUGCAGGCCUUUGAAACGCACGAAUCUGACAUCAACAGUGUCCGAUACUACCCGAGUGGAGAUGCCUUUGCUUCGGGAUCAGAUGAUGCUACGUGUCGCCUCUAUGACCUCCGGGCAGACAGGGAGGUUGCCAUCUAUUCCAAAGAGAGUAUCAUCUUUGGAGCUUCCAGCGUGGACUUCUCCCUCAGUGGUCGCCUGCUGUUUGCUGGAUACAACGAUUAUACCAUCAACGUCUGGGAUGUCCUCAAGGGAUCCCGAGUCUCCAUCUUGUUUGGACAUGAAAACCGUGUUAGUACUCUACGAGUUUCCCCUGAUGGGACUGCCUUUUGCUCAGGAUCAUGGGAUCAUACCCUCAGAGUCUGGGCUUAAUCGUAAUUCACACAUAGGUACCUGAGAAUAGAAUUUGAAAUCGUCACAUGUAAAUAGAUCUUGCUUCUAGAGGAUCUCAGAGUUUAUUGCAACUUAGCUUAAGGGAGCAGCUCCAUGACUGAAAGUUCAGCAAGCAUCUCCAAUAUUACUGUUAAAACCACCACCUGGAAAGAUCCCAGUGUGAGCCUUUAGCACUAUGAGAACACCUUCAAGUACAGUGUUUUUCAUUUCAAACACUUUUUAAAAUGUAUCUGUUUUUAAGGUUAUUCUAAACUAUCGUCUCAACUCAUUCUAUCCCCAGUACAGUUCAGCAUAUAAUAUAUUCCAUAUUGUUUCCUUGAAUCAAAUUUAUUUUUCGGAGCACUUUAAAAGCUGAUUUUUCUCAGUGUACACUGUGACUUUUGGAACGUUCCCCUGCAAGUGCUGACUUUAAUGCACUGUGUGAGAAGGACAGUGUUAAUUGGUCUUUGAUAGAAGAGAAUGCCAAUUCCAAAUGUAAUUAGACAGAAUCAAUUUUUUUAAAGUGUGUUUUUAUGGUGAAAGUAUCCUUUUCAGCCUUGCGUCCUAUUGUAUUUUUUCAGAUAAAACAUUUUCAUAUGUGUAAACAGUUAUAAAUGAAGCAGAGAUAUCAUAAAAUAGAAGGUUUGAUGUGUGAAUCUUGUGAUUGUGGGAUAUAUCUCUGCAUCAUGGGGACAGGACGUUUUCUUAGAGGGAAACGCUGAAUGUUGUUUGUGACACAAAUGCUUCUCAGAGCAACCAAAACCUUUCUGUGUAGGAACACAAGACAGUAAACUCAUUUAAAAACCUGUUUGUAGUGUUAGACGUAUUAGGAUUAGUAGCAUCUACUCAGGCUAAAAUGAAUCUUGUUCAUAUCAGUUAUACUCAUCUUUAUUGCAUUGCAAGUGCAAUUACAUAUACAAAUUAAUUGAUAGGUCUCGAAUGAUAAUGUCUUUGUUUCACUUAUAUCGAGGAAAAAUAGCAUAAAAUAUAUCUUGUCUUUAUGUGAAAUUCAGCAGUUCCUUCUGGAAGGUACCAAGUGUUUUAGUUACAGGAUCCCUUAUUUUCAGUUCUGUUUUGUUUUAAGGUGUAGAGGCUGAUUCUUUGUUUUAGAAAACUCCUCACUCAUAAAGAUGGCAUGCACCACUUAGGGAAGUAGAAGGUCAUCUCAGACCAAACAUGGUUCCUGGGUGAGGCUUGCCCUGUGGGUGGUCUAGGGUCUGGCAGGCCAGGUUCUCCUGGUGCCCGAGGGCUGUGUGUGCUGAGUCCCCUGGAUCCUCGGUCCCCUCUCUUGGCCCUGCUCCAGCCUGGCCCUUUUCCUAAUGGUAGUUCUGGCUUUGCAGGCCCAGCCGCAGGCUCUGCUGCUUGAAGUUGCCCUUCCAGGGCUGGAGCCAUCCGAUAGGCCUGGACCCAGUGCCCCUGUAAACCUCAGGGGGCGUGCCAGGCCCACCUGCAAAACAACUUGUUCAGGUAUCAAGGUGGGCCCAGUCAGUCAAAAAUUACCCAAGCCAGCUUUUCAAUCAACUCUUUUUAAAUAAACAUAAUGAUUAUAUGCAAUCAUUUGCCAAGAAAACAAUUUACCAAGGGUUUUACUACACAACAGGCCCUGGAGUAGAGAGAGAAAAUAUGAAAGGCUCCUGCUCACCCCCCUACCCCCUCACCCCCCCUCCUCUCUCAUCCCCCAGACCUCCACCCCGCCCUACCCACCUUGAGAGCCCAGAGGGAAGGGGGUGCGGAGCAUGGUCCAGAGGGACAACUUUUCAGCCACCUUCUCCGUCUAGUAUAGAUUCCAGUCUGAACAGGCGCUCAGGGAAAUGGGCACAGGGUCUAUCCAGCUCCUGCCAACUGCUGAAGGGCUGGCCCCACAAUGUGUCCUGUGAAAUUCUCAAGCUCUGCUCCCAGAAUGUUCCUGAGCUUGUUCCUGGGAUCCUAGUUAUGGCAUCCCCUUCCCUCUCUCCCACAGACCUUUUUGUGCCUCUGCACUCUGACCUGGGCCUCCCAGAAGUGAAGGAAGGCAGGGCAAAGGAAAAGUUACCCAGACUCUGGGGAAGCAAAUUCAAGGUUAUAUGUUUGGAGAGGUGGGGGAGCAUCUUCAGUAUAUGUGCAAAAUAGGCCCUAACUUUCCAAUCAAAAAAGUGACCACAAUGUGACCACAAAAGUGACCACAUUUCAGCCAUAAAAAGAAACGAAAUUGAGUUAUUUGUAGUGAGGUGGAUGGAACUAGAGACUGUCAUACAGGGUGAAGUAAGUCA